GUGCGGAGUCUGCGGCCCGGGUCCGUGGUGGGUGGGAAGGAGCUGAAGCGCCCUGGACGACCCCCGGGAGGGGGCGGCAUCCGCGGUGCAUCCGGCCCUUCCCAGCCUCAUCUCAGCGGGACCUUCUCCCGCGGACCCCCCCAUUUGACAGAUGAGAAAAUUGAGGCUGCGAGAGGCCAAGUGACUCUCAAGGUCACACAGCGAAGAGGCGGUAGAGCCAGACGGGGCUGGCUCUGGGUGGCUCCCAGGAAAAGUCCGCCAGAGAACUCAGUAGAGGAGCCCCCUCCAGCCCCGGCUAGUUUGUGUAGGGGCGGAGGGCGGGGUACCUUUUCAUGGGGCCAGCCUCUGCCAGCGUCCGGGGAUGAGGGGUGUCAGGGCGGUGCGGUCGCAGAGCUGGUUCUGGACUGCGGAGGAAGUGGGGGCGGCGGAAUGGGCGUGUGUGCACACCCAUGGGGGUGUGUGCAUGUGCAGGAUUGUACAUACGUGUAGGAGCACUGUCGUGUGUGUAUGUGCGCGCGCACGUGUGCGAUUUCAGAGCCUCUGCGGCCGUGGGACUUCAGGCUGGCCUGGCUCGAGCGAGCCGCGAGUCCAGAACUGGCCCCAUCCACGGGUUCGCAUUCUGGGGUAGAAAGCUGGGGGUCCGGUCGGAGCCCGGUGGGAGGCUUCGGAGUGCAGCUUGGACCAGCCUACCCGCGCCGGCGGCCAUGGCGGGCACCCUAGACCUGGACAAGGGCUGCACGGUGGAGGAGCUGCUCCGCGGCUGCAUCGAAGCCUUCGACGACUCUGGGAAGGUGCGAGACCCGCAGCUGGUGCGCAUGUUCCUCAUGAUGCACCCUUGGUACAUCCCUUCCUCUCAGCUGGCGGCAAAACUGCUCCACAUCUACCAACAAUCCCGGAAGGACAACUCCAAUUCGCUGCAGGUGAAAACAUGCCACCUGGUCAGGUACUGGAUCUCAGCGUUCCCAGCAGAGUUUGACUUGAACCCUGAGCUCGCUGAGCAGAUCAAGGAGCUGAAGGCUCUGCUAGACCAAGAAGGGAACUGGCAACACAGCAGUCUCAUUGACAUCGAGAGCGUCCCCACCUAUAAGUGGAAGCGCCAAGUGACCCAGCGGAACCCUGUAGCACAGAAAAAGCGAAAGAUGUCCCUAUUGUUCGACCACCUGGAGCCCAUGGAGCUGGCAGAACAUCUCACCUACUUGGAGUAUCGCUCCUUCUGCAAGAUCCUGUUCCAGGACUAUCACAGUUUUGUGACUCACGGCUGCACCGUGGACAACCCCGUCCUGGAGCGAUUCAUCUCCCUCUUCAACAGUGUCUCCCAGUGGGUGCAACUCAUGAUUCUCAGCAAGCCCACAGCCCCUCAGCGGGCCCUGGUCAUCACACACUUCGUCCACGUGGCCGAGAAGCUACUGCAGCUACAGAACUUCAACACACUAAUGGCGGUGGUCGGAGGCCUGAGCCACAGCUCCAUCUCCCGCCUCAAGGAGACCCACAGUCAUGUUAGCCCGGAGACCAUCAAGCUCUGGGAAGGUCUGACGGAACUAGUGACGGCCACGGGCAACUAUAGCAACUACCGGCGCCGGCUGGCGGCCUGCGUGGGCUUCCGCUUUCCCGUCCUGGGUGUACACCUCAAGGACUUGGUGGCCCUGCAGUUGGCACUGCCUGACUGGCUGGACCCUGCCCGGACCCGACUUAAUGGCGCCAAGAUGAAGCAGCUCUUUAGCAUCCUGGAAGAGCUGGCCAUGGUGACCAGCCUUCGGCCACCUGUGCAGGCCAACCCGGACCUGCUAAGCUUACUCACGGUAUCUCUGGACCAGUAUCAGACAGAGGAUGAGCUCUACCAGCUGUCCCUGCAGCGGGAGCCGCGCUCGAAGUCCUCGCCAACCAGCCCCACAAGCUGCACCCCACCUCCCCGGCCCCCAGUGCUGGAUGAGUGGACAUCAGCCGCCAAACCCAGGCUGGACCAGGCGCUCAUGGUGGAGCACAUCGAGAAGAUGGUGGAGUCUGUGUUCCGGAACUUUGACGUCGAUGGGGAUGGCCACAUCUCACAGGAAGAGUUCCAGAUCAUUCGUGGGAACUUCCCUUACCUCAGCGCCUUUGGGGACCUCGACCAGAACCAGGAUGGCUGCAUCAGCAGGGAGGAAAUGGUCUCCUACUUCCUGCGCUCCAGCUCGGUGCUGGGCGGCCGCAUGGGCUUCGUGCACAACUUCCACGAGAGCAACUCCUUGCGCCCAGUCGCCUGCCGCCACUGCAAGGCCCUGAUCCUGGGCAUCUACAAGCAGGGUCUCAAAUGCCGAGCCUGCGGUGUGAACUGUCACAAGCAGUGUAAAGACCGUCUGUCCGUCGAGUGCCGGCGCCGGGCCCAGAGCGUGAGUCUGGAGGGGUCGGCACCCUCGCCGUCACCCACACACACCCAUCACCGAGCCUUCAGCUUCUCCCUGCCCCGCCCAGGGAGGCGAGGCUCCCGGCCUCCAGAGGGAUCGACGAUGGAUUGGAGAGGGAAUCCUAGAUCCGAGAAGAGGAGGUGCAGGCUGUGGAAGAUGGUGUGUUCGACAUCCACUUGUAAUUGAUGCUGUGACUGGAUCGAGCACUCAUGCCUGUCUUGGAGAAAAGACUUGGACCAGAGCAGGAAGCCUGGGGUGCUGGGGAAGCUGGCUGGGGCUGGGGGGUGGGGUAUGAGGGUGGCAUGCAGCUGAGGGUUGGGCCGGGGCUGGUGUCCCUAAGGUUGUACAGACUCUUGUGAAUAUUUGUAUUUUCCAGACGGAAUAAAAAGGCCCAUGUAAUUAACUUAGA